ACUGCCAGUGAGGGGGAGCUCUGAGGAUGCUCCACUGAGCUCUGGGAGGGAAUACAUUCGCUGGGAGUUUGCAUUGAGAGCUCAGCCAUUAUCAGCUGUACACUGAGAACAGGGACUUCUCUGCAGAAUUAUCUUCCACACCCAGUGCUGGUUGACUCUUCUCUCUCAGCUGCAGCCAUGAAUUAUUUGCGUCGACGUCUGUCGGACAGCACAUUCAUUUCCAAUCUGCCCAAUGGCUAUAUGACAGACCUCCAACGGCCUGAUCUUGCUCAGCCUCCUCCACCUGCUUCCACCGCCCCUGCCAAGUCUCCUACAGCAGGGCCUACACAUCCAGCUACUUCCCAAGCUCCAGAGAGGAAACCCCAGACAGCUCAGUCCACUGGUGUAGGUUUCUUCACCUCCAUCAGCAAUGUUGUUAAGCAGACAGCUGCCUCAGCAGGGCUAGUGGAGCAGACGCAAGUCACGACCCCUAAGAAGUUCAAGAUUCUUUUAGUCAUCGAUGAACCCCAACAAGAGUGGGCAAAAUUAUUCCGGGGAAAGAAAGUGCUGGGGGAUUAUGACAUCAAAGUGGAGCAGGCUGAAUUCAACGAGAUUAAUGUCAUGGCUCACGCCAGUGGGACCUGUGAUGUCAACAUGCAGGUUUUGAGGAAUGGCACCAAGGUUGUCAGGUCAUUCAAGCCAGACUUUGUCCUCAUUCGUCAACAUGCCUUCAGCAUGACUGAGAAUGAAGAUUUUCGCAACCUGAUCAUUGGUCUGCAGUACGGAGGUGUCCCAAGCAUCAACUCCCUUGAGUCGAUCUACAACCUGUGCGACAAGCCCUGGGCGUUUGCCCAACUUAUCAACACCUACAGGAAGCUGGGUGCUGAGAAGUUCCCCCUGAUUGAGCAGACCUUUUACCCAAACUACAAGGAGAUGGUAGGCAUGCCAUCAUUCCCUGUUGUUGUGAAGAUUGGACAUGCCCACUCUGGUAUUGGAAAGGUGAAGGUGGACAAUCACAGUAAGUUCCAGGACAUAGCUAGUGUUGUGGCUCUCACACAGACAUACACCACCACAGAACCUCUCAUUGACUCCAAGUACGACAUCCGAAUCCAGAAGAUUGGCACUGAUUACAAAGCUUACAUGAGAACAUCUAUAUCUGGUAACUGGAAAACCAGUACAGGCUCAGCUAUGCUUGAACAGGUGGCCAUGACUGACAGGUACAAGCUAUGGGUUGAUACCUGCUCGGAGAUUUUCGGAGGUUUGGAUAUCUGUGCGGUCAAAGCCAUCCAUGGGAAAGAUGGCAGAGAUUACAUAACAGAGGUGGUGGGCUCUUCCAUGCCCCUGGUAGGAGAGCACCAGGCUGAGGACAGACAGCUUAUUGCAGACAUGGUGCUGGUAAAAAUGAACGAGUCAGCCGAGAAGGAAGCUAAUGCUCCCCAGAGGCCCACCACCAUACAACCAUCCCAGGGAGCUGGCCAGAAGGGAGAGGCUCUCAGUGACCCCACUAAGAAUGGAGCUGGGCACCCACCUCAAGGGUCCAAAAUGGAACCCCAAGGAUUGCGUUCACAAAGGCCUGCUCCAAAGUUGACCCUCAAAUCUCCUGCAAAGGAUUUAAACCCGAAGCUCAUCCCUGCAGCACAGCUAUCUCAGUCUGUGCGCCAAGACUCUCUAGCAUCAGGAGGACAGCAGGUCAAGUGUAAGCCAGCAUCCCAGCCUCUCAGAGAAAACAUACAUCUUUAUCCACAGGAAACUGUGGAUCUUGAGCAACAGCAGUCUCUGCUGGGAGAUCAAGCCACUGAAGAAAAAGCACAGGGAUACCCACAACCGAACAAAUCCCAGCCUCUGAUCAGUUCCUUUGGGCUCAAAAACACAUCCUUUUUCCACACUGCCAACGAAAACAUGACAAGCGCUGAGACCAUCCACAACUUGAGGAAGUCCUUUGCGAGUCUGUUCUCUGAAUAAAAAACACUUUUAUUUUCAGCUGGUCACUUGCAUGUUUGCUUAGUUAUACAUAAAGCACAGAUACUUUAUAGUAGGUGUACUGCUCGUGCAAUUAAGGUGAAUCUUUUCCAGUGAGAUGUAUCCCCACUCCAAGUUUAAUGAGUAUUUUUGAGUUGUGAUUGUAUUCCAUAAUUACAAAUGUAUUUUUCUGGUAUUAAUGUAAAACUAUCCGCAACAUUGCCAAUAAUUAUCAAUAAUACACUCAAGAGCAUGUACAUUACUAUCACACUUUCCUUCAGAAUA